CCGCAGCCCGAAGUGCGCGCGUCCGGCGCGGAUCCUUUCGUGUUGCGGGCGGGCGGGCGGCCGGUCGACGAGCGAGACGGCAUCCGCGUCUCGUCACACGGUGGCGCGGUCGGCCGCCAUGGAGGCCGGUCGGGCGCUGGAGCGUCACGUGGCCAGCGUGCACCGAGGAAUGGUUUUCCUCCAGCGCGAGCAUCUGACGCUGCUGGCCGGCCUGCACGUGGAGAUCAGCAACCUCAAGAGGAGAUGCCAGGAGUUGAGUUGCGAGCUGGACUCCAGGUUCCCGCACAGGACAACAGCAGAGGACGAAGCGCAACUGACGUCCCGCUGCGAGGCGGCGCGGCGGCUCCUGGAGGAGCGGCGCGGCGCGACGGAGGCGCCCGGCGUGAGGACGGAGCGGGUGCGGGCGUGCGUCCCCCGCGAGAGAGUGACGUCGCCGCAGAGGCCGCGCCCCAUGCCGGACCCCGCCCUCUUCCUGCUGCCCCCGCGCUGGAGGGGCGAGGCGGGCGACUGGGAGGACGACUGGGAGGACGUGGACGAGGGCUGCGGCCUGCGGGGGCGCGUGGACAUGGGCGGCGCCGAGGGCGAGACGGCCCUGUGAUGCCGCCCCAGCUGACCUGCUGCCGGACGACCUGCGAUUGGCUGACGUGGGCGCGCGCGCGCCGGUCUUUGCUCUCGCUUUUGUUCCAACCUGACGGCCGCGCCGGAUGAUGACUUGAUGCCAACUUAUUGCCUUCCUGUCAUCAGUGCCAACGUUGAAAAUGAAAUCACCGCUUGACAAACUUUCA